GGCGGGCCUCGUCGGCCUCUGUUCCGCUGGCCCGCCGCGUCCGUGCGGGGGCGCGGGCUGCUCGGACACAGCGUGCCCUUCAGCUCCGGGUUAGAGCCGGAGCCGGAGCCGGAUCCCGCACAAUGGCCACGUCAACCUAACCCUGCACCACCCUGUCACGCUGCCGCUGCCGUCGCCGCCGCAGGCGCCGCGCCCUCCAGGCCCGUUGCCGGUCAGGCCGGCCUACUCCCCUACGCCUUUCCCACAAUGCCUGGCGCCAGGCCCCGCCCCGGCUCCCCGUGGAUACCGGCGCGCUAGGAGCCGACCGGCGCUGGCCGCGCGCGCUCUUCGCUGCCGGUGCGUCUCGUCCUCCCCUCUCCCGAGCACGGGGGCCCGGCGGCCGGAGAGUGCGUGCUUCCUUCCCGCCAGCACGGUUUGGGCUCGGCUGGGCGGAGUCCGGCGCUGGGAUCGAGGAUGAGGAGCUGCUGCAGGCGAGCCGCCAGCAGGACUUGACAGUGCGUGCCCCCAACAGAGCCCCGUCUCCAUAGUGCCCCAUCCGGCGCUGGAGGGAGGGCGGCUUCGGAGCGUUCGCGUAGCCUUUACCUGCGGCGUCCACCUGUGCUGCCGCUGGGGCCCUGGGCCGGGCAGCCACGCCCACGCUGACCCAGAGCAGCCGCUAAGCCAGGAGCACCUGAUCCCGAAGUGGGGCGUGAGAACGUGUUCUCCUUUUCUGUGGUGGCUUGUUCGCUCUCGAUUAAUGCUUUGGAGCCAAUUUUGUAAGGCUUGAUUGACCCUCGAAGUAAUGUGGACAAAAGUUCCCAGAGUUGCAUAUUAUAUCAACUGGAACCAGCAGUGAAUCUUAAUGUUCACUUAAAUCAGAGCUUGUAUUAAAAAAGAGAAUGGGAGUCUGCUUAAAUAAAGAUGCCUAUAUCAGAGACUUGAAAAGGAUCGGUUUCUGUUUUCUGAUAGUGUAUAUGGCCAUUUUAGUGGGCACUGAUCAGGAUUUUUAUAGUUUACUUGGAGUGUCCAAAACUGCAAGCAGCAGAGAAAUAAGACAAGCUUUCAAGAAAUUGGCAUUGAAGUUACAUCCUGAUAAAAAUCCGAAUAACCCAAAUGCACAUGGUGAUUUUUUAAAGAUAAAUAGAGCAUAUGAAGUACUCAAAGAUGAGGAUCUUCGAAAAAAGUAUGACAAAUAUGGAGAAAAGGGACUUGAAGAUAAUCAAGGUGGCCAGUAUGAAAGCUGGAACUAUUAUCGUUACGAUUUUGGUAUUUAUGAUGAUGAUCCUGAAAUCAUAACAUUAGAAAGAAGAGAAUUUGAUGCUGCUGUUAAUUCUGGAGAACUAUGGUUUGUAAACUUUUACUCCCCAGGAUGUUCACACUGCCAUGAUUUGGCUCCUACCUGGAGAGACUUUGCCAAAGAAGUAGAUGGAUUGCUUCGGAUUGGAGCUGUUAAUUGUGGUGAUGAUAGAAUGCUUUGCCGAAUGAAAGGAGUCAACAGUUAUCCCAGCCUCUUCAUUUUUAGAUCUGGAAUGGCUGCAGUGAAGUAUCAUGGAGACAGAUCGAAAGAAAGUUUAGUGAAUUUUGCCAUGCAGCAUGUUAGAAGCACAGUGACAGAACUAACAACAGGAAAUUUUGUUAACUCCAUACAAACCGCUUUUGCUGCUGGUAUUGGCUGGCUGAUCACUUUCUGUUCCACUGGAGGAGAUUGUUUGACUACACAAACACGACUGAGGCUUAGUGGCAUGUUGGAAGGUCUAGUUAAUGUAGGAUGGAUGGACUGUGCCACUCAGGACAACCUUUGUAGAAGUUUGGAUAUCACCACAAGUACUACUGCUUAUUUUCCUCCUGGAGCCACUUUAAAUAACAAAGAGAAGAACAGUGUUUUGUUUCUUAAUUCAUUGGAUGCUAAAGAAAUAUAUUUGGAAAUAAUACAUAAUCUUCCAGACUUUGAAUUACUUUCAGCGAACACACUAGAGGAUCGCUUGGCACAUCAUCGAUGGCUCUUAUUUUUUCAUUUUGGAAAAAAUGAAAAAGAUGAUCCUGAGUUGAAAAAACUAAAAACUCUGCUUAAAAAUGAUCACAUUCAAGUUGGCAGGUUUGACUGUUCAUCUGCCCCAGAGGUCUGUAGCAAUCUCUAUGUUUUUCAGCCAUGCCUAGCUGUGUUUAAAGGACAAGGAACCAAAGAAUAUGAAUUUCAUCAUGGAAAGAAGAUUCUAUAUGAUAUACUUGCGUUUGCCAAAGAAAGUGUUAAUUCUCAUGUUACUACACUUGGACCUCAGAAUUUUCCUGCCAAUGACAAAGAACCAUGGCUUGUUGAUUUUUUUGCCCCUUGGUGUCCACCAUGUCGAGCUUUACUGCCAGAGUUAAGAAAAGCAUCAACUCUUCUUUAUGGUCAGCUCAAGUUUGGUACACUAGAUUGUACAAUUCAUGAGGGACUCUGUAACAUGUAUAACAUUCAGGCUUAUCCAACAACAGUGGUAUUCAACCAGUCCAACAUUCAUGAGUAUGAAGGACAUCAUUCUGCGGAACAGAUCUUGGAGUUCAUAGAGGAUCUUAGGAAUCCUUCUGUGAUCUCCCUUACACCUACCACUUUCAAUGAACUAGUUAAGAAACGAAAAUAUGAUGAAGUUUGGAUGGUUGAUUUCUAUUCUCCAUGGUGUCAUCCGUGUCAAGUAUUAAUGCCAGAAUGGAAAAGAAUGGCUCGGGCAUUAACUGGACUGAUCAAUGUGGGCAGUAUAGAUUGCCAGCAGUACCAUUCUUUCUGUACUCAAGAAAACGUUCAGAGAUACCCUGAGAUAAGAUUUUUUCCCCAGAAAUCAAAUAAAGGUUUUCAGUAUCAUAGUUACAAUGGUUGGAAUAGGGAUGCUUAUUCCCUAAGAAUCUGGGGUCUGGGAUUUUUACCUCAAGUGUCCAUAGAUUUAACACCUCAAACUUUCAAUGAAAAAGUUUUACAAGGGAAAAACCACUGGGUGGUUGAUUUCUAUGCGCCUUGGUGUGGACCGUGCCAAAAUUUUGCUCCAGAGUUUGAGCUCUUGGCUAGGUUGAUUAAAGGAAAGGUGAAAGCUGGAAAGGUAGACUGUCAGGCUUAUGCUCAGACGUGCCAGAAAGCGGGUAUCAAAGCUUAUCCAACUGUGAAGCUUUAUCUCUAUGACAGAACAAAGAGGAAUAUUUGGGAAGAACAAAUACAUUCUAGAGAUGCAAAAGCAAUUGCUACCUUAAUAGAUGGAAAAUUGGAAACUCUCCAAAAUCAAGGAAAGCGAGAUAAGGAUGAACUUUGAUAUUGAAGAUUAAGAAAAACUUGAACAGAAAUUCUGAUGACAUCUGAAGACACCUUUUUGGAAUGUUACUACAUUCAUGGUGGAAAUAAACUUUAUCUUGGUUUGUAACUACACUCCGAAUUCUGUACAACACUGGGAGAAAUGGUUUGCAGACUUGUUCUGUAAAGGGCCAGAUCAUAAGUAUUUUAGAUUUUACAGACCAUUCUUUGUUGUAUAUUCUCCUUUGUUAGUGGUUUAUUUUUUUAACAACCUUUAAAAAAUAGAAACCAUUCUUAGCUCAGUGCCAUACAAAAACAGGCCCCAGGCCAAAUUUAGUCCAUUGGCCAUAGAUUGCUGUCCCCUAGCAAUGACAUUUUGGGUGUCUGGCUCCACCACAAGCCUUCUCUGCUAUUGUCUAUAUACAUGUCUAAGAUAUACAAAGUGAACUUUUUCACUGGAAGUUUUGUGACUGGCCUAAAUUGACUUUCAGUCACCUGUUGUAAAAAUUCUGACUAUAUUUUUUAUUUUAAAAAUGCUCAUGCUGUUACAAAAUAAACAGAUACAUCCAUUUCAUGCUAUAUUAA